ACAAAUGAGCGUUGUGAUGGGGGAUCCAGACGCUGCCAGAGACCACUGUACUCUCCACCAGCCUGCCUGCAACCAAACAACCUCUGAUGAACUCUGGAAAGUACUCUCCGGCGUCAGGCCCCACGAGCCGUCUAACCGUGCAGAAGGAUCCACACAUCAGGAGCCAAACCGUCAGGCUCACCUGUCGGAGAGAAACCCUCAGGACUCCACCCACCAAGAUCCUGCUGAGCGUGCUUUCAUGCUCGUCGAGGAACCUUACAUCCUGUCGGCCAUUAAAAAUGAAGACAGAAGAUUUCACGACAUCGACUCGUCCACAAGCAUCAAAACAUUAGAAGAAAAUAUCAUCCAAAGAAAUUCUGCAGACUCAGCUUUAUAUACUGUUGUGGACUUAAGCUCCCCUGAUUCAGAGACACAAAUGUCUGAGGUGAAACUGAACAAUGUUACUUCCCUGACAAAGGAGAACAUGAUAACGUUGGUGGAAGAUGUUCAAGAUGUCGGAACAAACAGACUUUUAAGCAACAAGGUUGAAGGGCAGGAUCUGAGUGUGCAGCACAGGGAGUCACUAUCAUCUGAACCUGUCACGGGGACAGGAAACAUCGUCUACGGAUUGGACCAGAAAAUCUACAGAAUCCACAAAGGCCUGUCUGGUCCAAGAGGAGCAAAGGGAAGAAGAGGAUGUGCUGGGAGGGAAGGCUACAUGGGAUUCAAAGGCGACAAGGGUAUACAAGGUCUCCCAGGUCUGGAUGGUAGGAGAGGGGAUCCAGGGCCUCCAGGACCUCCAGGACUACCCACCCUCUAUCUGUGGAGAAACUCUGAGGAGGACUGGACGGCUUUCAGGAGAUCAUCCGUGUAUCAGAUGCUCAGAGUUGGCUGGCCGGUGACACCCGGCCCUCCUGGAUUUAUGGGUGAAAUGGGCAAACCUGGACAUCCAGGUAUUCCUGGAGAUGCAGGGAGCAGAGGGACACCAGGAGAGAGAGGGGACAUGGGCUAUCCCGGACCAAAGGGCCUCCCUGGGAACCCUGGACGGUGGGGCAGGAAUGGAAGUCAAGGAUUGGACGGUCGUCCUGGGCCACCAGGUUUACCUGGACUGAAGGGUCCCAGAGGUUUUAAAGGUGAAGCGGCUCCACCAGGAGAGAAAGGUGAUGAGGGCUUCACAGGAGAGCCUGGACCAAAGGGAGACAAAGGAGGAGCAGGGGAAAAGGGGUCUAAAGGAGAACCAGGAGAAGAUGGACCCGUUGGGCCUCCAGGUCCUGUGGGUAAAAGAGGCUUGAAGGGGCUUCCUGGACUUCCUGGGCCAAAGGGAGAUGCUGGAGAUGAUGGUAUGAGAGGUCCUCCAGGACUCGAGGGUGCACCGGGGGCCACGGGAGGGAUAGGACCUCCUGGACUGAACGGGUCUGAGGGAGAUCAAGGUCCGACUGGUCCUAGAGGUCGUAGAGGCCCUCAGGGACCGUCAGGACUAAGAGGAGAGAUGGGCUUACCUGGACCUCUGGGACUUCAGGGUCCACCAGGCAAUGACUCCCCUCCUGGUCAGAAAGGGGACAUGGGUGAAACUGGGCCAAUGGGAGUAAAAGGAAAUCCUGGCAGGGAAGGGACCACGGGUCCGAUUGGGAGUCCUGGUCCUAAAGGAUUUCCUGGAGGAACUGGCUUCAGAGGACUGGAUGGUGACAAAGGAGAGGCGGGACCCAAAGGAGACAAAGGCCCUCCUGGUGCUGCAGGGAUCCCGGGUCAUCAGGGCGAGAGGGGGGAACGUGGCAGCACAGGUCCUUCAGGGGUGAGAGGUCAACCUGGGCCCAGAGGAAAAGAGGGUGAAGAUGGGGAGGCUGGUCUUCAGGGAGCUGUGGCGAAUCAGGGGUCAAAGGGCGACAGGGGGAUGCAAGGGCCCAACGGGAACACAGGGCUCAAAGGACGGAGGGGUCAGACCGGAGUCCCCGGCCUGUUUGGUCCUCCUGGCCUGCCAGGUUUUAGAGGCAGAGUUGGGAUUGAGGGAGCUGAAGGAAAGCCUGGUACACAGGGGGUCCCUGGGUCUGUUGGCUUUCCUGGACCUGAAGGAGACAGAGGGAUUGUAGGUGUGGCUGGUGCUGCAGGGCAGGCAGGUUCUCCAGGAGCUCUGGGUCCUCGAGGAAAGCCAAGUCAGGACGGGAUCCCUGGACCAGCUGGGGAGAAAGGCUUCACAGGGAAACCAGGGUUGAUGGGCCCCCAGGGACCGGUGGGCAUGUAUGGUUACCCAGGAGCAGUGGGUCUGACCGGGAGACCAGGCCACAUGGGACAAAGGGGAGCUGCUGGGGUCAGAGGACCUCCUGGUGUCCCAGGGAAGCGUGGACCUCCAGGUGUUCAGGGUGCUCCUGGUGAAAAAGGUCCUCCAGGACCAAAGGGCCGCCAAGGAGGGUUUGGACCUAAAGGCGUUCAGGGACCAACAGGCCCUCAAGGUAAACCAGGACCAGGGGGAGGCACAGGAAGUCCUGGUCCUCCAGGGAGUCAGGGGCCUACAGGGCCACUGGGGUCACCUGCACCAAGAGGGUUUCCAGGACCAGCAGGGAGGACUGGAGCGAUGGGUCAGACUGGAGAGAAAGGAGAGCAGGGUUCAAAGGGUCCGGCUGGUGAUGUUGGUCCUGCAGGUUUAGACGGGCAGCAGGGUGCUCCAGGUCCAGCGGGGGAAGAAGGGACUCCUGGAACAAAAGGUGAUCAGGGAGCUCCAGGCCCACAGGGACAACCAGGGCGAUCAGGACCAAAAGGAGAGCCAGGACCUCAGGGCUCCCAGGGGCUGCAGGGUGAGCCUGGGCAGAGGGGCAAAGAGGGGGUCGGUGGAGAACCGGGUGUUCCUGGGGAUCCGGGUGCUAAAGGAUCAAAGGGAGAUUCAGGAAAUCUAGGCCCGUCUGGAUCAGCGGGACCUCCAGGAGUUCCAGGAAAACAAGGACCGAGAGGGUCACAAGGAGAAAAGGGAUACGCAGGCUUCAUGGGUCCAGCAGGUCUGAGGGGGAACGUUGGACCAACAGGCUUGUUAGGACUACCGGGUUUUCAAGGUAUUUUGGGGACUCCAGGACCUGAUGGGCCAUCAGGACAGAAGGGAGACAAAGGUCCUGCUGGAUUAAAUGGGGAGUCGGGAACUUCAGGUCCUAAGGGGGUGGAAGGAAGCCGUGGUGGGAAAGGUGAUACAGGAAAGCCUGGACCUGUGGGAUCUGCAGAGGCCAGAGGAAAAGCAGGAGAUCCUGGUCCAAAGGGCUUUCCUGGACCUGAGGGGCUGAGAGGAGAAUCUGGGCGGGAAGGGGAGCCAGGAGAGGCGGGUCCUGAUGGCUUGCCAGGAAUUAAAGGACCUCCAGGAUUACCAGGACCAGAGGGCGUCAUGGGUGAGCUGGGACUUCAGGGUCCUAUUGGACUUCCAGGAGCUCAGGGACAAAAAGGUAGAGCUGGGCCAGAGGGACGAGAUGGAGAGAAAGGUCAAAAGGGAGGAGACGGGAAAAGCGGACGUCCAGGGAAGGAUGGACGCUCUGGGAAGAGGGGAAAAAGAGGCAAAGCUGGAAAUAGAGGAAUCAGAGGAAGACAAGGAGAAAAGGGGAAGAUGGGAGAUGUGGGAGCGUUUGGUCCUCCAGGGAGACACGGCACAUACGGUGAAACUGGUUUACGUGGGAUAAAAGGCGACAUGGGUCGACCAGGCUUUAAGGGAGAACCCGGUGCUAUGGGACCACCUGGCCCUUUUGGUGGAGAAGGUUUAAAGGGAAUGCAAGGCACUUUUGGACAUCUGGGAGGAGCAGGUCAAAAGGGAGAGCAGGGAGAUAUCGGUCCGCCAGGUAGAAGAGGAACUCCGGGCCUUCCUGGACUGCCUGGAUUGUUUGGACAGAAGGGACUGAAGGGAUUUACAGGACUAUCGGGCCCUGCUGGAGUGAAAGGGGUACCUGGUCCACCAGGCCGACCUGGACCACCAGGAACCUCCCUGAACCUCACUCUGUCUCAGAUGAAGGAGCUGAUGUUCAUGUCAGAUAAGCCCAACUACCUCCUGGUCCAGACUGUGUUGGACUCCCUACAGAAGGAUCUGCGCUGGUUCAUUGACCCUCCAGAUGGCAGCAAAGAACACCCAGCGGCUACGUGUGUGGAGCUGUGGCUCGCUCACCCCAACUCCACUAACGGGAUAUAUUACGUUGAUCCUAACCUGGGAAGUCCAGCUGAUGCUUUCCAGGUUUUCUGUGACUUCACAGCAGAGCCAAAGACCUGUCUGUCUCCUCUCCAGCCUCAGGUUCCAGUGAAAGCAUGGCUGAAGGAUUCUGGCACCAACAUGUCAUUUCACUGGCUGAGCAGAGUAGAAGACGGCUUCCAGUUCGAGUAUCCAGGAGGAGCAGAUGUGGUGCAGAUGAGAUUUCUGCGUCUGAACAGCAGAUUCUCCUCUCAGACCAUCACUUACUCCUGUCAGCCAGGAAGCAGACAGAGCGGCGGAGAGAGGGAAGUCAAGUAUCUGGCAGACACACGGAGGCAGAGUUACCUGGGAGCGCUGCGAGACUGUGUUCAGUCAGAGCAGCUGGAUUCAGGCGACCAGGAAACAGUUUUUCUAUUUGAAAGUGAAGAUCUCCACCUGCUGCCUCUCAGGGACCUGGCAGUGUUUGGAAACAAAGACAUGACUCAGGAGUUUGGCUUCAGCGUAGGACCAGCAUGCUUCAGUUAGGAGUGCCCUCUGUGAUUGCAUCUGUGUGGUCGUCUGCAGCUACACAAAUCUAUUUCUGGCACUUUCGUACUGUCCUGUAUAGAAUGGCAUCAUUUUUUUAGAUGCCAAAUGUUUUGCGAGUGUACUGACCAGCUGGACUUGAGCUAUGUUGGUGCUCUCAGUGCAAAUUCUUGCUUCAGAAAGACUUGGCAAUCUUUUUAACCAACAGAAGUGAGGACAAAAGACACACAGUGAGCUGCAGAUUCUCCCGGAGAAAAACUUCCUGAACUUUUUUUCUCUGCACAGACUGAAUGUUGGCUUGUCCACUUUUGAGACCAGGGAUGUUUAGAAUCUGAAGCUCUUAACAUUUAACAUAUUUUGUACAUUUUGUUUUUGUGUUGUAACACCCUGCUUAUUUAUAUAAAUGCUCAACAUUCAUUGUCUUUUUAAAAUCUAAUUCAGGUGCAUAUUUGUCUUGAACAUUGUUUCCUCGUGAAAACACAUGGUGCUACAAGCUAAAUCUAAACACAAGUACCACAUGACUUUGCACAUGUAUUGAUUUUGCAAAUCCCCUGAUUGUGCAUGCAGGUAAACACGUGUGCUGAACUCCGGGCUGUCAGAGCACUAUUUCUUGGAAAGAACUCGGCUGACAUCGCUUAGCAAAUACGCUGAGUGCUCUGAAUGUUGCUUUUAAUCAGACGGAUGCUAACUCCUUCCAAAACAACCAAAUCUGUCUUUAUACCUGUUUUGGAAUAAGAACCCAUGAAAUAGGUUAGCUGUUAGUAUCUGUGUUUCUGGUGGCUGUUUAGUAACCAUUACAUUUGGGUCAUUUAGAAACGGCAUCACUAUGUCAUCGUUUCCUCGACCAUAGAGCACUCAGAACUCAGCUUUGCUUUUUAAGAUGUAUUUUUGUUUGGAUUUUAUUCAUUCAUUUGGAAAGGUUAGUGGAAAGAGUAGGACAUUGGGGAUGGUGGAUGACAUGCGGGAAAGGAACCGCAGGUCAGACUCAAACCCGGGCCUGAGGAACCAUGGAGGACCACAGCCUCCCUACAUGGGGAGCGACCUAAUCGCCAGGUCAUCGGCACCCCACAACCUUUCUUUUUAACUGCAAAAUGUAUCGCUCAGGACAUACUGUGGUCUUACUUUUUCAAUAACUGAGAUAAAAGAUCAUCUUCAAAAUGUUAAAAAGAACAGCAGCCAGUGUGUUGUUGUUGGAUCUUUAAACCUCAAAUAUUUCAAGGUUCAAGGUUUCUUUGUUAGAACAUAAGUAGGUAUAUUUGUUGUGCAGACCGGAGAUUCAGCAUUCCAAAGAUAAAAACAAUGGGUUUCGGUGUAACUUUGCGGAGUCAUAUCUCUGCAAAAUCCUUAUUUUUGGAAAAGGUAUUUUUUCAUUCCAGCUUAAAAAUGUGUCUGCUGCACUGGUCAAUGAAGUAUCUAAAACCGAUAUGGGUUUUUAAAAUCCUCUAUCAGUUGAGCUCUAGUUUACAAAAUUCUUACAUCAUGUUAAAUAUUAAGAUGGUCUCUUCAAUACCUACCUCAUGGUAAUGAAUCUCAAUGCUAAAAAAAACAAACUUUGAAACUAACGGAAUAAAUCUUUCAAAAUAUAAAAAAAGUUGAAUGUUUACAGUGCUCGCUCUGCCUCAUCUCAUCUAGAACUGCAGGGAAUUUUGAGCCCAUCAGCAAUAUGAACAAAGUAUGUAUUUUGUAUUUGUGAA